AUGAAGAUCGAAGAAGUAAAAUCAACCACAAAGACUUAAAGAAUCGCCUCUCACUCUCACGUUAAGGGUUUGGGUUUAAAUGAAGAAGGUACUGCUGUUGCAGUCGCUUCUGGUAUGGUCGGCCAAGAAAAUGCUAGAGAAGCUGCUGGUGUUGUUGUUGAAUUAAUUAAAACAAAGAAAAUGGCUGGUAGAGCUGUCCUCUUAGCUGGUCCUCCCGGAACUGGUAAGACUGCUAUCUCACUUGCCAUUUCUUCUGAAUUAGGUCCUAAAGUUCCAUUCUGCCCAAUGGUCGGUUCUGAAGUUUACUCCACAGAAGUUAAGAAAACUGAAAUUCUUAUGGAAAACUUCCGUAGAGCAAUUGGUUUAAAGAUUAAAGAAACAAAGGAAGUCUGGGAAGGAGAAGUCACUGAACUUAAGACUGAAGAAAGAGAAGAAGCUUAAGGAUACGGUAAAAUAGUUAGCAGUGUCAUUGUUACUUUGAAGACUUCUAAAGGUACCAAGCAAUUAAAGUUAGAUCCUUCUAUUUAUGAAAAUAUGCAAAGAGAAAAAGUUAGUGUUGGUGAUGUUAUCUACAUUGAAGCUUCAAGUGGUAAUGUCAAAAGAGUUGGUAGAUGUGACGCUUAUGCUUCUGAGUAUGAUUUAGAAGCUGAAGAAUAUGUCCCCUUACCAAAGGGUGAUGUACACAAGAAGAAAGAAAUUGUGUAAGAUAUUACUCUCCAUGACUUGGACGUUGCCAAUGCUCGUCCUCAACACGGCUAAGACUUUGUUUCUCUUAUGGGUCAAAUCAUGAAACCAAAAAAGACUGAAAUUACUGAAAAGUUACGUCAAUAAAUCAACUAAAUCGUUAAUAAAUAUAUUGACUAAGGUAUUGCUGAACUUGUCCCUGGUGUGCUCUUUAUUGAUGAAGUCCACAUGCUUGAUAUUGAAUGUUUCACUUAUCUUAACAGAGCCUUAGAAUCAACUCUUGCUCCUAUUGUUAUUCUUGCUACCAACAGAGGUAUGUGCACCAUUAGAGGAACUGACAUAGUAUCUCCUCAUGGUAUUCCUAUUGAUUUGUUGGACAGACUUUUGAUUAUCAAGACUGUUCCUUACGGAUUAGAAGAUUUAAUUAAAAUUCUUGCUAUCAGAGCUUCAACUGAAAGCAUCAAAUUAUCCACUGAAGCUUUAUCAUUUUUAGGUCAAGUAGGUAGCUCCUCUUCUCUCAGAUAUGCAGUUCAACUUUUAACUCCUGCAAGUGUUUUAGCUCAAACAGAAGGAAGAACCGAAAUUACUAAGGAAGAUAUUGAAGUUAUUAAUAAAUUAUUCUUAGAUGCUAAAUCUUCUGCUAAAUUAUUAAAUGAACAAGCAGAAAAGUAUAUCAGUUGA